AUGAGGAUGAUGAUCAAGGGAGGUGUGUGGAAGAACACCGAAGAUGAGAUUCUCAAGGCCGCUGUGAUGAAGUAUGGUAAGAACCAAUGGGAUCGGAUCUCGUCUCUUCUCGUUCGUAAGUCGCCCAAUCAGUGUAAAGCUCGCUGGUACGAGUGGCUCGAGCCUUCUAUCAAGAAGAUCGAAUGGACCAGAGAAGAAGAUGAGAAGCUUCUACAUCUUGCAAAAAUCAUGCCGACUCAGUGGAGAACUAUUGCUCCUAUCGUGGGCCGUACAUCGUCUCAAUGCCUUGAGAGAUACGAAAAGCUUCUUGAUGCAGCAUGUGCGAAGUACGGAAACUACGAACCAGCGGAUGAUCCACGGAGACUACGUCCUGGUGAGAUUGAUCCCAACCCGGAAUCAAAGCCCGCUCGUCCUGAUCCAGUAGACAUGGACGAGGAAGAGAAAGAGAUGCUUUCUGAAGCUAGGGCUAGAUUGGCUAACACUAGGGGAAAGAAGGCCAAAAGAAAAGCAAGAGAAAAGCAACUUGAGGAAGCUAGAAGUCUUGCUUCUCUGCAGAAGAGGAGAGAGCUAAAGGCUGCUGGAAUUUAUGAUGGAAGGGAUAGGAAUAGAAAGGGAAAGGGAAUAGACUAUAACGCAGAGAUUCCUUUUGAAAAGAGGGCACCUGCGGGAUUCUAUGAUGCUUCAGAUGAAGAUCGUCUUCCUGCUGGCCAGGUGAAAUUCCCGACUACCAUUGAAGAACUUGAAGGAAGAAGAAGGGCUGAUGUAGAAGCACAGUUACGCAAACAAGAUGUUGCAAGGAACAGAAUUUCUCAGAGACUGGAUGCUCCAGCAGCUAUAUUGCAAGCAAACAAGAUGAAUGAUACGGAAGCUUUUAGGAAGAGGUCAAAGCUCAUGUUACCACCACCGCAGAUUUCAGACCAUGAGUUAGAGGCAAUUGCAAAGAUGGGGUACUGA